AUGGCUCCCUCUAGCAAGAACGCCGCUGUAGCCAAGGACCGGCGCAAGUCGGCCAACUCGACUGCCCCGACCGUUGUCAGUGCAGGCUCCCCCAAGCCGACUCAGAUCGUCACCCUCAAGGUGCCAGCCCAGAAGCUGCGGGCCAUACUUGACCCCGAUUUCAUCAAGGAAGAUACGCCGGCUAAGCAGUCACCUGCUGCAGCGGCUGCCUCGGGCACCGAGAAUGCAUCAGACUCCACCCCUAACUCACCUCCGGCCGGUACGCCCGCGGCUCAAUCUGUCACCAUGGGCCCGCCAACCGAAGGUCUCAAGAAGAAAGGAGUGAAGAGAAGUGCAACAGCCGCCGCAAAUGGCAAUGGAGAACCCAAAGUCCGAGGAAAGCCCGGCCCGAAGAAGAAGCAGAGACUUGAAGACGGAACUAUCGAAGGUGGGCGAGGCUCGCUUGCCGCGCACAAGCUCGGCCCCAAGGCCAAUCAAGGCGCCAUCAAUGCCGGCUUGCGAGCGCUGGACCGGUCUGGCAAGCCAUGCCGCAAGUGGAGCAGGGGCGGCUUCACAUUGAAGACCUUCACGGGAGUCGUGUGGGAGAUCCCGCGCUGGACGGCACCGCCGAAGCCCCGACCCGAGGAGUCGGCCGAUGGGUCUACGGCUGCGUCCGAGAGCAGCAACAAGGAGAACAAGGAGGACAACAGCCAGGUUAAGAGCGAGGCGAGCAACAAUGGCGGGGACGUCGAGAUGCAGGGCACACCGAGCUUCGCCGCCGACAACUCACCAGCACCAGUCCCGAUUGCCGCUGCAUGA